CUAAUAUAACCGACCUGAAAAACAUUUCUUCCCCCUAAGCUUCACAAGCUUCCAAACAAAGGGAAUUUGGGGGAAUUAAUGGAAAGUGAGAUUUGCAGGUAUUAUUCUCAUUCUUGUCCACUGAUUUGUCAAGGAUAAUCAACACCACGUUGUACAAUACUACGUGAGAACAAACAAAACCUAUUCCCCUCUCUUCCUUUCCUAGUUAUUCCUACCUACUAUCAUUUCAUUCAUCAACACAACAAAAAACAUAAAUCUCUCUCCCUCUCUCUCUCUGGGGUCAAUGGGUAUCUCUGUUUAUUCCUUCCCCGCCAUAACACCACCUUCAAGAACACAAAACACCACCUCGUAGUUAUCAAUUCAAUCGUGUAUCUAUAUAUAUAUAUGGAUUUAGUUACCCAGAUCGAGAAUAGUAGAGAGAGCGUUAGUUUCCCGGAAUUGUGUGGCUUUUUGUUGGGGGUUUGGGGGGUUUUGGGGGUUUGAAUAUGACCAUGUUUGAUAACAAUUUUCCUGCUUCUUCUUAUUAUUACUACUAUUGUUCUGAUCAAAACCUGUGUGGACAGCAUUUUGAUGGUCUUGGUCACGGGUAUAGGGGUCUUAUGAACCAAUUAGAACACCAAGGGUUUCCUCAAUCUUACUAUAAUAAGAGCGCAGGUUGUUUGGUCGGGUCGGAUAAUAAUCUUGCGGAUACGGUAAUGGCGGAAGAUGAAUCGAGAACGGAAAGUGUUAACGACGAGGCGGGCCCCAGUUAUUCUAAGGAUGUUUUAGCGGCUACUACGGCGAUUAAUCGGGGAGAGGAGGAGGAGGAGGAUGAUCAGAAGGGAUGGCUUCAAUUGAGUAUCGGCGGCGGCGGCGGCGGCUCCGCCUCCGCCGCCGCGAGCGGCCGCGAGAAUAACGGGCGGGAGGGUUUAGGAUUAGUGGAGCUCGAUCUGCUGCCGCCUGGGCCGCGGCCGGUGCCGGUGCCGCCGCCGCAGUAUCCGUUUAGUGCGGCGGCGGGGGCGGGGGUGGAGUUUCGGGCGCCGCCGCCGCCGCAUUUUGCGCUAACGAAUAGUGUAGCGGCGCCGGGCGCCGCCGUGGGGUAUAUUAGUGCUGCGCCGUCUUAUUUCUUGCAACAACAACAGCAGCCGGGCGGGUCGGACAUGAACUGGGCGAUCCGACCCGCCAUGGCUAUCCCGGCUCCGGGCGUUUCCGCGCCGAGUUCCUCGGCUUCGCCGUUUAUGUACGCGCCGCCGCUCUCGGGGUCCCGUUUCGCGCCGCGCCCCGGUGCAUUCCCGUUACUCUACGCCGGGGUCGGCGGCGUAGGCGCCGGAGGGUCUAGUCCGAGCUUGGAGUUUAGAGUGAUUGAUCCUCCUCGACGUCCACUUUCCGGUAUAUGGUUUUCGCUUCAAGCUUCUCAAAAUCAAGCCAAGGAGCCAUUUUUGCCGCAGAUAUCGAAGAGCUACCUAAGAAUCAAAGAUGGAAGCAUGACAAUCCGAUUGGUGUUGAAGUAUCUAGUCAACAAGCUACAACUCGACAACGAGUCCGAGGUAUGUAACAUAGAGAUAAGAUGUAGAGGGCAAGAGCUACCGCCAUCGUUGACAUUGCAACACGUAAGAGAUGAAAUAUGGAUGAACAACAGCAACAACAAUAAUGAACAUCCUCCUCCAUUCACUUUGCUUCCACAUCCCUCAACCUCUGCUACUACUAAUCAUCAUGUCAUGCUGCUUCUCUAUGGCAGAAAGUCAUCAUCAUCUUCAACUGCUUAAUUAUAAUUUUUUUCUUUUCUUUUUUUACUUUAUUAUUAACUCCCAUUAUUAUUAUUUUUAUUUUUAUUUCACUUUACUUCUUACUAUUUAUCUCAUCAUCAUCAUUCUUGAUCUGAUCUUACCCCCUGCCUUCUGCUGU